AAGAUUUCCUGCCGGCACCCAGCUAUCGUUGACUAUCACUGAUGGGAGAGAGGUCUGUAUGUAAACAACACUCCCCUGCCAGCACCAGCACACUGCUUUGUAUGGCUCUGCAUAGCAGAGCCACACAAAGCAGUGUGCUUACAGUGAAUAAAACACACACAGCACAUACAGUGAAAUAGCACACGGUUAACCCUUUGAUUGCCCCAGAUGUUAACCCCUUCCUGCCCAGUGUCAUUAGUACAGUGUCAGUGCUUUUUAUUAGCAUUGAUCACUGUAUUAGUGCAAUUGGGAUGUCAGUGGCAAUUAGUCAGUUCCCCCCCAGUGUCAGAAUGUCCGCCGCAGUCCCACUAUAAGUCACUG